GUCACAGACAGGGUCACAUCUUUUUCCUGCAGGUGUUCUCUCAUCCACCCACGUGGAUGGGACAAUGUCCCGCUGCCGUGACUGAAAGAGGUCCCGACUCUUCGGGGACCCUUAGCGGAGGACAGCAGCCCUCAUGGAGACAAGCAGAGUUCUGCAAAGCAAGAAGGAGCUGAAAAGCAUUGCUAACCCUCCUCUGGGCCACCUUUCUCUUUUCCUGGCUGUUCUGGAAGGUCAAGCAGGAGAGAUGUAAAGUGUGACUUUGGGACAUCAGCAUAAAACCCAGGAUAUCUAUGCCGCUGCCUUUGUUCCUAUAACAGGAGACUGGAGCACAGAGGAGUCUCUCAAGAACCAGAGGAUGUGUGUGCCCCCACUGUGGAUCAGACCCAAGACCCUAAGACCCAACAUGGAGUUAGCAGCCGCUAGCCUCCUUCCAGAGGCUCCACAAGCCGCUUCCCUGAAGAUGAAACCCGAAAGCUCCCUGUCUCUGGGUAUGAAGAGAACAAGGACACAAUUGGUGGGGUACCCAAAGAUCUUCCCAUGGUGGGACAGGAGGAAUGGGGACUUGAACAGAAGGAAACAGGGGCCCUUUCUCUGGAGCCUGCCAGAGGGGACGGAAGAACACUGUCCACCAUGGACAAGCCAUGAAUCUAAGUCCUUCUUUAACGCCUCUUGUUCCCUCUCCUCCUGUAUCCAGGACCCCAGAUUUACUGAAGAUCCCUGGAGAAUGUGAGAGGCCCCAAGGGAGGAACAUCCGAAUCCAUUCAAAGUGAAAGCAAAGAAUAAGGCUGUCUGCCCUGAAUUCCCAUGUGAUGUGGGAGGCGUGGGAAUGGGAGUCUGAGUGGGACAGAAGCCCAGGGACAGCUCUCCGCAAGACCUGAAUGAAUGUGACCCUCUGCACCUAGAGUCACUUCUCUCCAGAGCAGAACUGCUAUGGUCACCAUGCAAACAGGAGCUGGCCUGAAGGUGUAGUAGUGACACACAGGUGACACAAUGUGUCAGACAUCCAAGGGCUGAAACCCAAUUCAUUCUGAUCAACUCUGGGGGUCAGAAACCUUGUUACCAACUCCAUACUGCAGUCAGACAAACGGACAUAAAGAGGUUAAGUCGUUAGUGUGGGCUCACACAGUAGAAAAUGGCUGGAGUUUGGAUGCAGGCAGCCUGGCUGGUUCUGACACUGGAAAUGAAGCACUGCCGCCUUGGGAAGCAACUUCCAGUCUCCAAGCAUUUUCCUCAGCUGUGCAAUGGGCAUCCACAUACUUAGCCUCCGGUCCUGCCCUGUAGGGCUGAGCAUCCUCAGACUUGGACCCAGGGGAUCUGCAGCCAUGUGCAGUGGCUGGUACACUUGUAACUUCAGUUCUUAGGGUAUGGAGAUAAGAGGAUCAGGAGCAGUAGGUCGUCCUUGGCUAAACAGUGAGUUCAAAGUCAUCCUAAGCUACAAGAGAGACUCAUACAGGAAUACACUCUUAAAAGGAACUUUUGUUAGCCCCACCUGCAAGAAGGAAGUUUGUGCCAAAGCCCUGGGGCCCUUACCUAUGCAAGUUCCUGUUAGGUUACACAACCCCCCACUGAGAUCUAAGCCUUGGAAAUUCCAGAAAACCACUGAAUGACCCAGUCCUUUGUGCCCUUCCUGAUGAGAGAGCCUCUCUUCCCCACCUAUCUGACUGACACUCGGCAAAGGCCAUCACUGUCCCACCUCUGGUUAAAGGAGGAAGCUGAGUCUGGUCCAGGUGUGAAGCAAGCCCUUCCUCCGCCCACACCCUUCGGCCUGCCCAGAUGAUAAAGUGCACUGGGCGAGGACCGGCUCCUACACAGCCCCGCAGUCCUGUGCGGCACGUCCAGCAUGUUGUUUGCCUGUGUUCUCCUUGCCCUCCUGGGCCUGGCAACCUCCUGCAGUUUCGUCGUGCCCCGCAGUGAGUGGAAGGCCCUGCCAUCCGAGUGCUCUAGCCGCCUGAAGGGCCCAGUUCGCUACGUGGUGAUCUCACACACAGCUGGCAGCUUCUGCAACAACCCAGACUCCUGUGAACAGCAGGCCCGCAAUGUGCAGCAUUACCACAAGAACGAGCUGGGCUGGUGCGAUGUAGCCUACAACUUCCUUAUUGGAGAGGAUGGUCAUGUCUAUGAAGGCCGAGGCUGGAACAUCAAGGGUGACCACACAGGGCCCAUCUGGAAUCCCAUGUCUAUUGGCAUCACCUUCAUGGGCAACUUCAUGGACCGGGUACCCUCAAAGCGGGCCCUCCGUGCUGCCCUAAACCUUCUGGAAUGUGGGGUAUCUCAGGGCUUCCUGAGAUCCAACUAUGAGGUCAAAGGACACCGGGAUGUGCAAAGCACUCUCUCUCCAGGCGACCAACUCUAUGAGGUCAUCCAACGCUGGGAACACUACAGAGAGUGAGAGCUUGAGACCCUGGAGGAAUCCCCACCCUGACCCCUCCUGCCACCUGCUCCUUCCCAGUGUCACCCAAUAAAGACUCGGUACCAAC